AUGAGGACGAUGGAGAUGGAGAUGGAGAUGCUGACGGUGAGGAAGGUUGCUGCUGCCGCCUUUUUCGACAAUGAUCCGGCUAAUGUAGCGUUGAUCAUUGUCUCGUCAUCGAUUAUAGUCCUUUUGUUUCUCGUCAUAUGCAUAUACAAGGUGUUUUUUGCCGGGUCAAACACGGGGGAAUACCAAAGCUUGUCGUCGUCAAUCACCGAUAAUAUCAUGGGGUCGUUCCUGAACGAUGUUCCCAGGGAGUUCCUCAACGAUGAGGAGAGCUUGAGACACUUGGAAGAGCAGUUUGAUUUCACCAAAUUGUCGCCGGAAGAACAACAACAAUACUUGAAAGGUCAGGAAUUUACUGUUGUUCGCCCGCCAGAUUUCAGCAAGAUCCGGGGCAAGACGUUCAGUAUAGAUGAUGAGAAACUCAUCAAAGAGUUUGGAAUCAAUGCCUUUAAAUUUGACAUGGAGCCAAACAUAUUGAAUCCGCACUAUGUUGUUGCCGAUAAGACUGAAUUGAAUUUCAACAACAACGACGAACCUUACUGCACUUCGACUGCUAGUUUGAACUACCCUUUGCCGGUGAGAAACAGGUUGUAUUCAGAUACCAUCUAUUUCGAAACCAAGGUGUUUGAAUACGCCGAGACGACUAAUACACAACAUUUUGCCAUUGGGUUAAUCACGAAACCUUACCCGACAUCGUUUAGAUUGCCCGGUUAUAACAAGUUCUCCAUUGCUUACGAAAGCACUGGUAAUUUGAAAAUCAACAAGCCAUUUCCUACUCCGUUGCAGCAGCAUCGAGGAGACCAUAGUGAGUUUAAUGCAUUGGUGUUGCCACCUUUGCUGCAAUCCGACGUGGUUGGCUUUGGCUAUGUCAUACCCACUGGUACCAUAUUCAUCACCAGAAAUGGCAAAAAGCUAUUGGACGUGAUGAAGGGAUGUUUUGUUGACAUGUACCCUGCAGUGGGAUGUUUCUCAACCAAUGCUAAAUUCCAAGUCAACUUGGGGCAAAGUGGCUUUGUUUGGAUUGAAGCCAACGUGAGACGUUAUGGUUUUGUCUCGACUAGCGAUUAUAAAAAAUUAGCGGGCGAUCGUGGUUUGGCCAAUUUGCCUGAAUAUGGCAAGAUUAACUCGACAGCCAAUGAUAAGAUUUUGGACAAGGGGGAAGAGUUGCCACCACAGUAUGACCCCGAGGAAGAGUUGGAUUUCUUUGGCAGAAGCUCUAAUGACAUCACUCGGAUCGGGUCGAGUGCCCAGCACAUGAGGCUCAAUGAGAAGCCAAAGAAGAACGAGGAGGACGAGGUGAAGCCUCCUGCUGUUGCUGAUGAUUCUAAUGUGACCAAUGAGCCUGAGGAAGUGAUGAAUUUGAGGGAGAGGAUUUACGAGCAAAAUAUCCAGAAUGAAGAGGAUGAGCGAGAUGAGGGAACUCCUUUGCUCCUGGAUGGGGGAGACGGCGUUUAUGAUGGGUACGCUCCUUCCCAAGAGAAAGAACCCUCUUUGGAGCCAGCUGUAGCAGCUGAAGAGGAUCGCGAGAACGAGAACGAGAACGAGAACGAGAACGAGAACGAGAACGAGAACGAGAACCACGGGGAUGCCCAGGAAGCCGCAGAAAACCAAGUCACGGCUGCACAACCAAAAACUCAAGCACCACCUUCAACCAACGAACCAACUGUUGAAACUUUACCAUCUCCAGAACCCCAACCCACGGAAGCAAACCCCGACGCUCCUCAACUACCCCAAUCCAGGGAAGCAAACCCCGACGCUCCUCAACUACCCCAACCGCAACCGCAACUGACCGAAGCUAACGCUACUCCCGAGGCAGAGCCCUUGUCAACGUCAACACCACAAUCCGAGUCGGUGCCAGCGGAAGGCUCCCCCGCCGUUGAAGACGCCCCACUGUCGAGAGACUCGACGCCCGAGGAUGACGCCAACGAAACCAACGAAACCAGCGAAAUCAACGAAGUUUCACAAUCAACGAUAAAUACCCCGGGUACCAAUACCUCCUCCAACGGCAAGAAGAAGAAGAAGAAAAACAACAAGAAGAAGAAAGGCAAGAAGAAGUAA